AUGUUUUCUUUGCUUGUGAUCUUGUUAUCCCUGCUUUCGCUUACUCGGUGCUACGGUGCUCCUGCCGAACAACAGGAAACUAGGGUAGUGGGAGGCACGGAAGCUGCGGACGGCGAGUUCCCUUUCGUGGUUGCUUACAUUCAUUACGACGUGCUCCAGUGCACAGCCACAAUCAUCAAUGAAAAGUGGGUGCUGAUCGCGGCUCACUGUGUGGACGGGAGCAACAUUCCAGCCAUGACCAUUCACGCUGGUUCCAACAAUGCAAGUGAUGACACGGGUGUACGAGUUGACGUUGGAAGACGGUUUGUUCACGAGAGUUUCGAUGACAUGGCUCUUACGAACGACAUCGCUCUUCUAGAGCUGAAGCAGCCCCUGACGUUCAACUCCAAAAUACAAGCGGCCACGUUACCAGCGUCUCAGCAGCAGACAACGGCUGGAACAACGGCCACUCUGGUCGGAUGGGGAGCCACAGAGACGUCGUCAUCGUCUACCGUAGAUAAACUGCGGAAGGUUGACAUACCAGUAUGGUCGGACGAGGAAUGUAAAGCAGCGUACGAAAACUACGGAGUUUUGCGGGAGAACAACAUUUGCGCAGGAACCACUGGCAAAGGCCAAUGCAACGGAGAUUCAGGAGGUCCCCUCAUAGCAAAUGGCCAGCAGAUCGGAAUAGUCUCAUGGUCUGAGAAACCCUGCGCCUCCGAAGGUUUGCCUGGAGUCUUCACAGAAGUUUCGUACUUCAUCGAUUGGAUCAGCGAGCAUAUAUCCACCAAGUAA